UGAUAGAGUGUGACGUCACGAGAAUCCUGUGAUACCGAAGUGAAAUUAGGAAGGAGAAUCAUCGCUCAGACUAGGCGGUUACCUAGUCAAAAAUAAAGACGAACCCCUGCGGUUUCGCUGUGAACAGAACCGAACCGGGUUUUGGAGCCACUGGACCUUCCAGCUACCGAGCCAACAUGACGGCGGCGGUGUUUUUCGGCUGCACAUUCAUCGCCUUCGGCCCAGCCGUCUCCCUGUUCCUGUUCACCAUCGCCCGGGAGCCGCUGAGGGUCAUUUUCCUUAUAGCAGGGGCAUUCUUCUGGCUGGUGUCGCUGCUGCUGGCCUCCCUGGUGUGGUUCAUCUCGGUUCAGAUAAGUAACAAGGAGAGCGUGUCGCAGCAGAAGGGUCUGCUCAUCUUCGGUGUGGUGCUGUCCGUCCUGCUGCAGGAAACUUUCCGCUUCGCCUACUACAAACUGCUCAAGAAAGCAAAUGAAGGCCUUCUUGCUUUGAGUCAAGAGGAAACGAUGCCCAUAUCUAUACGACAGCUUGCCUACGUGUCUGGCCUCGGCUUCGGCUUUAUGAGCGGAGCGUUCUCUGUGGUCAACAUCCUGGCCGACUCUGUGGGUCCAGGCACUGUGGGCAUCCACGGUGACUCUCAACACUACUUCCUGUCAUCAGCCUUCAUGACCAUGGCCAUCAUCCUGCUUCACAUGUUCUGGGGCAUCAUCUUUUUCGACGGCUGUGAGAAGCAGCGCUGGUUAGCCGUAGCUGCGGUCGUCGCCACUCACCUCCUGGUUUCCUGCUUGACCUUCCAGAACCCGCAGUACGUCUCCAGCCUGGUUCCCACCUACAUCGUCAUGUUCUUCAUGGGCGUUUGGGCGUUUUACACCGCGGGUGGCUCCCUGAGGAACCUCAAACUCUGCCUCACCUGCAAAGACAAGGACUUCCUGCUGGCCAACCACCGGCCCAGAUAACGCCGCGAGCUCAUCGGUUUACAGGACUCAAUCCAAAGCUCUGCACACACACUAUGAACCUUUUUAAUUCGCUGUUUCACAUGGCCGCAUACGGCCGCAUACUUACUAUGUUUAGUCUGUAAAAACAUCAAUUUUUCAGGAGAAACAGGUGAGUUACACUGCAAAAACACAACAUUUUACAAAGUAUUUUUUCUAAUUUCUAGUGCAAAUAUCUUUGUACAUUUGAAUUAACUUAAAAGUAACUUUUCAGCAAGAUACUUGUAGGAUUUGUUUUAAGUCAAAUCCUUAAUAUUGACUGGAAGAUUAUCUCAUUUAUAACAAAACAUUUUUUCUCUAAGUGAAAUAAUCUGACAGUGGAGCUAGAACUUUUUCUUCAAUAUUAAAGUAUUAUCUACUUAAAUCAGAUCUUAUAUCUUGCUGGAAAGUAACUUUUUAGUUUUUGUAUUAUUUUACUUGUGUACUUGGAUAUUUGCGCAAGAAAUUAGACCAAAAAUAAUUGGUAAACGUUUGUGUUUUUGAAGUGUAUGCACAGUGUAAACUAUCUUAGUAUUACAGCUGACUUAACUGCAAAAACACAAAAUAUUUCCAAGUAUUUUUGUCUGGUUAUUAGUGCAAACAUUUCAGUAUACUUUAAUUAAAACAAAAUACAGAUAUAGGAGCUUAUUUUAAGUCCAUAAUUGAUUGGUAUUAAUUAAAAAGUUCUUGUUCCACUGGCAGAUUUUUUAACUUACAUGGGAAAAAUAACUUCUUAUCAGUGAAAUAAUGUUAAUAUAUUAAGAAAUUAAUUAUUGACUUAAAACAAGCUCUCAUAUCUUGCUGAAAAGUUAAUUCAAGUGCACCGAGAUAUUUUCACUAUAAACUAGACCAAAAAUACUUGGUUCAGUUUUGUGUUUUUGCAGUGCAUAUCAGGUCAGUUUCUGCUUUUUUUUCCUGCUGAUUCUGUAGAAAAACUUUGUAAAAUCAUUUAGGUUCUGCCCAAAUGUGACAGAUGUGUGAAAACCGACUAAAUGUGGAGCUAUCCAUAUGUGGAAAACUCAUGUAUAUAAGGAAACAUUUCUGAAAAUAAUGAUUUUGUUGGAGCUGAGAUGAACACAUGGUUGGUAUUUAUGUGUUUUAACUAAUCCAGUUUUACUAACUUGGGGUUGCUGGUCCACUUCCUCCAUUUUUGUUUGUUGUUUUGCUUUAGCUUGAAGUUGAAUCUGGAGAUUUCCUUUCAGCUGAUUGUUUGAACUUUUCUAUAAACUCAAACGCAACAAAGUGUUCGCUCAAUGAUCUUUGAGCGAACACUGAGCGAUCAUUGAGUGUUUCGCUCAGUGAGAAAAACUCUCAUUUUGUUUUUCUCAAAAUAAAAACAAAAGAGUAGAUGAAUGUCUAUUCAUCAGAGUAGUAGACAUUCAUCUACUCUUAUUUUGUUUUUAUUUUGAGUUUGUAUCAAAUUUCUCACUGAAUGUUUUGUUUUUCCAUUGCACCUGAUUUUUAUGUUGAUUUAUUUUUUAUGUGCAGUUUGUAAAAAUCGAAAGCGUAACGUAAAUAAGAUGGAAGCUGGAUGAACAUGCAGGUCAUGCAUGUUUAGCUGGUUUUAGUCUGCGAGCGAAUCAGAAAAUUGUGCAGGUGGAGAACCUGAUGGGUACAGACCGGCAAUAAUAAAUUUAGUUAUGUUAAAAA